AUGGACCUGAGCACUUGUAAAACCUCUGGUUUCUCCCUCUCUCAUUACCGCAACGACGAAGGAUGGCACAGAAUCAUAAACGCGAAGCGCUGCUUUCAGGGAGUCGUUUACCCGGAGGCGGAGAGGUAUGGGGAUCCGAGCACUACUAAAACCUCUACUGGUUACUCCCGCGACGACGAUGGAUGGCAGAGAGUCGGCAACCCGAAUCGCUAUCCGAAGCAAAAACCGGCUGAUCCGGCAGCCGAUGGCGGCAAGAUUGUUCCGAGAGAAAGCCUAGCUUACGGCAGCUAUAACGUCUUCGGUGAACUGGUGGUUGAACAAUCGAAGACGGAGCAAGCUAAAGAGGCGUUAGCGUCUUUUUCCGAAGCCGCGGCAAAGAUCGAUCCCUCACAUCUUGCGGCUUUCCUCGCCGGAAUCAUGAAUUUGCCGGAUAUGGCCUUAUGGAGAUAUUACUUUUACCUCGAGAAGGCAUUUUCCCAAGUAUCAUUACAAUGGUUGAAGAUAUCUCCUUUGUCCAAGAAGCUGAUCCAUUUUCCAUUAUCUCAUAUUCCUAGCUCUGUCUACCAAACAUCAGCCGAUUGGAUCAACAGACUUCCAACUUCGGCACAAGGCAAGUUCGUAACGUGGGCCACUUCUCGCUUUCUCUCGUGUCGGAUCGCAGGAGGCGGUACCGGUAUUUGUUGA